CGCCUGCUUGGGUUCGUUCCACUGAUCCGCCGGGACGCGCGUGGGGUGCCCGGCUCGAUUCGCCGCGAUUUGGGCCUUUCAGCGGCAGCAAUAGCAGCAAGACCUUCCCUCCAAAAUGCAGGAUCCUAAUGCAGAUACAGAAUGGAAUGACAUCUUGCGUAAAAAAGGCAUCCUUCCACCCAAAGAAAAGCUGAAAGAACAAGAACAGGCGGAAGAAGAAAGAGAGCAGCAGAUCCUCCAGCAACAAUCAGUUGUUAAGACCUAUGAAGAUAUGACUCUGGAGGAACUUGAAGAAAAUGAAGAUGAAUUCAAUGAGGAGGAUGAACGUGCUAUAGAAAUGUACAGGCAGCAGAGAAUAGCUGAAUGGAAAGUGUCUCAAGCAAAGAAUAAAUUUGGACAAGUUUUGGAGAUCUCAGGACAGGAUUAUAUUCAGGAAAUUACAAAAGCUGGCAAAAAUAUCUGGGUGAUACUGCAUCUUUACAAGCAAGGUAUUCCCCUCUGUUCCUUGAUAAACCAACACUUAAGUGGACUUGCCAAGAAGUUCCCGGAUGUCAAAUUUGUCAAAGCUAUUUCUACAACUUGCAUACCCAACUAUCCUGAUAGAAACCUCCCCACAAUCUUUGUCUACCUGGAAGGUGACAUCAAGGCCCAGUUUAUUGGGCCACUGGUAUUUGGAAGCAUGAAUUUGACAAGAGAUGAAUUAGAAUGGAAAAUUUCUGAGUCAGGUGCCAUUAAGACAGACCUGGAAGAGAACCCCAGGAAACAAAUUCAAGACCAGCUGAUGACGUCCAUCAAGUGCUCUGUUCCAACAAAGAGAGAAGAAAGUGACUCAGAGGAGAAUUAAGGCCUCAUGCGCAGCUCUUUGCUGUGCUCAAUUACUCAGAAUUACUCUUCAAUGAAACCAGAAGAUUUAUUGCUAUAAAAUAAUGUGUUUUUAUUUCAGCCUAACGAAUAUCAGUGGUGGUAUUCUUUCUUGAAAAAGAAACUUUCAUUAUUCAUACAGGAAUAAAGUAAAAGCAAUUUUUAAAGUUGACAUGCCAUUCAAAUCACUUGUGAUGGACAUUUGACUUACAAAUGUGGUAUAUACUCUUACCACUAACUGUGGUGUACGCUCCCCUGUGUUGCAGUGUCACUUUAGGACUUGAUAAAAAUUGUAUGAUAAAUUUUGGAAGUGCUAGAUUGAUGGCUGUAGGCCUGUAUUGAUCAGAUUAAGGUAACCUGUAGUAGGUUACUAUUAACACAAAAUUAUCUAAAUCAGUGGGUUUGUCUGCAUAUUUGUUUAAAAAUCUUGAAAUCAGAUCAAGUACAAGUAGUCCUCAACUUACAACUAUUCAUUUAGUGACUGUUUGAAAUUGCAA